AAAGAGGCUGAGAUUCAGCACGCACACUUGCACGAGAAGAAUGAACUUCAAAACAAACUGCUGGAAGCUGAGAAAGAGAAUGACAGGAUGAGAGGAAAGGUUGAAGAAACUGAAAAAGAGAUGGAUGCAUCACAGCGUAGGUAUGAAGAAGAGGUUGUCUGGCAUAAGCAAGAGAUGGAGAAGAAACUGAAAGAAAGAGACAAUGAAGCUGAAAACAUCUUAAGAGAAAUCGAAAGAGAACAAAGAGAGAGAUUCAGUGAACAAGUAGAGAAGAGAGAGAAAGAGAUGGACAAGCUGAGAGAGGUGAUAGAGAUGAUGACCAAAGAGAUGGAGCAGCUUCGUAUGUCCUAUCAGGAGCAAGUGAAAACAACAGAAGCUGAGAGAGAAAUGCACAGAGGAACCGUUGAGAAAUACAACACACUCAUUGAUAAACUGGUGGGUAAAGAUGAGGAAAUAGAGCGAACGAUGAGAGAAAAAGAAAAGGAGCUGCAUCGAAAUGCUGAAACGCAAGAGAAACUUCAGCAAAAAGAUGAGGAAAUAAUCAAACUAAGACAAAGAGAUCAGGAAAAAGUGCAAGAAAUUGAGACACUGAAGCAAAACAUUACUGAAAAACAGAGGGAUAUAGAGAAGUUAAGAAACACUGUCGAGGCAAAUACUGAAAACCAUGCAGCUGAACUUCAAGUCCUGAAGAAAGAGUUGAAAACUAAAGAAGACGAAAUAGACAAAUUAAAACAAAGAGACCUAGAGAAAAACAAAGACAUUGACAAACUAAAGAAAGACAUUAGCGAAAAACAAACUGAUAUUGAAAGGUUAAAUGACAAUAAUGAAGAACAUGCAGCUCAAAUAAAAUUUGUACAGGAAGAGUUGAAGUUAAAAGAAGAGGAAAUCAAAAAAUUAAGACAAAGAGACCAGGAGAAGGAACGAGAGAUUGACAUGCUUAGGCAAAACAUUAGCGAAAAACAGAAAGACAUUGAAAAGUUAAGAGGCAAUAUUAAGGUACGUACUGAGGAAAGUGCUGCUCAACUCAUGCAUUUAGAGGCAGAGCUGAAAAUAAAAGAAGAUGAAAUAACCAAAUUAAAACAAAGAGACCUGGAGAAAGACACAGAAAUUCACACACUUAAGAAAAACAUUAUUGGCCAACAACAGGACGCUGAAAAAUUAAAAGACAGCAUGCAGACGAAUAUUGAAGAAAGUGCUAUUCAAUUGAAGCAUUUAGAGGAUGAAUUCAAAACAAAAGAUGGUGAAAUAAUCCAAUUAAGAACAAGAGAACUGGAAAAAGAGAGAGAAAUUAACACACUGCAGAAAAACGCUCUUGAAAAACAGAAAGAGGUUGAAAAGUUAAGAGAAUGUAUUCAGGUAUAUAAUCAGGAAAGUGCAGCUAAACUAAAACAUUUAGAGGAAGAACUACAAGCAAAAGAGAGUGAAAUAACCAGAUUACAUCAAAAAGACUUGGAGAAAGAUAAACAAAUGGACACACAGCUGCAAAACAUCAAUGAAAAACAUAGAAGAGAAAUUGAAAAACUGGAAAACGUCAUUCAAGCAAAUACUGAAGAAGCUGCUGCUCAACUAAAACAUCUAGAAGAAGAGAUUGAUGGAAUGAUAGAGGCCUACAAAACAAAGAAUAUGACGAUGGAAGAGGAAAUGGAAAAGACAAACAAACAGCAUGAGGAAACAGAAAGACACUUGGAUGAGCUGAGACAACAGUUCAGGGAAGAGCAAGAAAGAAACAACGCCCUAAAAAACAUGAAUGCAGGACUGGGAAACGAAUUAGAAGAACUGAGGCUCAAAUGUGAAGAUUAUGAGACAGAUCUUCAGACUUCAGUAAAGCACUCUGAGAAACAGACAAAAGAAAUGAAAGGGUUGGAGCAAAAGAUAAAUGAGUUCAAACAGCUACUGGAAGAGAAAGAGAGCGAUACGCAAGACAUGAAGGCAUAUUAUGAGAAAAAACUAAGAGAAAGGCACCAAGAGCAUGAGGUGAAAGAGAUAGAGAGAGAACAAGAGCUUCACAGGAGAGAGAGAGAGCUAGAAAAGAAGGAAGAGAAGUUAGCGCAAAGCAAACAAGAUUUGGAAACUAGAGAGGAUGAAAUGAAUAGGCGAGAACUGGAUUUGGAAGAGCAGAUGUACAAGAUAAGAGAAGAGGAGAAGAAUCUAGAAAACGAGAGUCAGAAUAACAAACGUCUGGCUGUAGAUCUGGUGCGAAAGAGAGAGGAGAUUGAGAAGAGAUCAGAAGAGUUUAUAGAUAGAGAAGAAAAUUUAAAGGCACAGGAACAGCAGAUAAAAUUUAAAAGGGAUGAGCUACAAGCUACUGAGAAGAUAUUGGAGACCAAGGAAAAGGAAUUACAAGAUCAGACUGAAAAGCAGGAGAAAAAUAUGGCAAACAUUAGACAGCAGAUGGAGAGGAGAGAACAAGAGCUGCUGGAAACAGAGGCGAAUUUUAUUAAAGAGCAACGCAAGCUUAAGGAAGAAGAAAAAUCUUUGGAGAUGCUCAGAACGCAUCUGGAAACUAGAGAGAAAGAACUUAAUAGACGAGAGCAGAUGUGGGAGGUGAAAACCCAAAAGCUUUCAAAGAUCUCGGAGGAAUUCGAAAAUAACAAACACAACAUGAAGAAAUGGCAAGCUGAGCUGAGUAAUAAGGAAUGCGAUCUUCUGAUAAAAAUAAAUGGACUGCAGGUAAAGGAGCAGGAACUUGUCCAGAGGGAGCAGGAGCUCGCACUCAAAGGUCAAAGGUUGAUGGAGCAACAUCGAGAUAUGGAGGAUAAGCAGCAAAACCAAGCAGCUUCAUUUGAUGAACGCGACCUGGAGCUUGAGAGCAUGAGAGAAGCGUUAGGAAAAAAGGAGCAAGAGCUGAUACAAGGCGAGGAAGCUCUUUCUCAAAGAGAGGAGAAGCUGAAGAGUGAAGAAAUCUACUUGGAGAAAAGACAGCAAGUCAUGCAAAAUAGGGAACAAAUGCAUGAAGACACGUUGCGCAGUCUGAAGGAACAGCAGGAUGUUUUGAAAAACAGAGAAUGUUCUUUAGAUACCAGAGAGACAGAACUGCGCCAACGUGAAUCAGAGCUCACUAUUAGAGAUAAUAACAUGAUGGACAAACACAAACUUCUGCAGAACCAAGACUUAGAUCUGGAAAAGAAGGCAAGUGCUGUAGAGCUCCUAAAAACAACACUAGAUGGAAGAGAAAAAGAGCUUGAAGAACGUCAAAACCAACUGGACAGCAAAAUGCUGGAGAUAAAUAGUGAACAAGACAAGAUGAAAAGGAAGCGAGAGGAACUUGAAAAAUGGGAGAAGUAUUUGUAUAACACAGAGCUCAAAGAGAUACAGAAAGAGUCUUUCUCGGGGCAUCAGCGAUUGACAAACAGCACUGAAUCAAAUGGGAACGCCGGAGAUACAAGAAGUGAAGAGCGAAUGGAGUUGGAAAACAACAGAUCGGUGAAGAACCAAAGGGUUAAACAAAUACCGGAGUCCAAGCAAAAAGAGGAAGCUGGUGAAAAUGACAAUUCUGAUGGCGAAAGUGAGGAAGACUUCUUUGAAUCGUCAAGCGCCAGUUUCCAAGCUACUUUGCAUACACCCUGGCCUGCAUCUGAGCUAAGGCUGAUGCUUUUAGGAGACUCCUGGUCAUCCCGUCACCCAGCGAGAUGCACCGUCGUGGGGCCUGAUGCGGACAGAAGCAACCCUUGGAAGGGAGAGAUAUCCGGCAGACGUCUCACGAUCGUAGAGCCUCAGGGCCUGAAAUGGAGAUCUGGAUCUGAAAGUAAAGACACCUUUAGUCAAAGUAUUCCUCUGUGUCAUCCUGGACCACACGCCUUCAUCCUGGUGAUUCCCGCUUACGUGUCCUUCACUGGUCAGUACAGGCACGCAGUCGAACGUACUAUGUCCGUGAUAGGAAAAGCAUCAUGGAGGCACACUAUUAUUCUGCUCACCUGGGGGGAAACAUUAAGAGAGAGCAUCCAGCAGCACGUGAAGAGAAACAGCAACCUGGAGAAGCUGGUUCGAAAGUGUGGGAACAGGUGCCAUGUGCUUAACAAUGGACACCGGGAAUCUGAUGUGGUGAAGCUGCUGGAGAAGGUUGAGGAGAUGCUGGAAGGAAACAAUGGACAAUACUACAAACUGGAUUGAAAAAUAAUAAAAAGGUUUUAAACUGUGAAUGAUAUUUAAAUUGUGGGAAAGACAAAACAUUGUCUUGAAAUUCUUUGCUUUAAGCAUUAUUUAUGUGUUUAGCAGCACCUAAAUGUGAAAAUAAACCAUUUUCAAAUGA